GAAGCACCCAAGAAGCCUCCCAUCAAGAUCACGAAGCAAGAGUUCAAGAACUACGAAGAAGUUGCGGCCCAGUGGUCCAACAUGAACCACCGGAAAGUUAUGCUGAAGGCUUUGAUAACAUGCCAGGGGGAUGAGGACGCAUUCAAUGCAAAGAUGAGCUUGAUAAUCAAGCGCGACAAAUACGAAAAGGAUGUCUGGGAAUUCUGGGUGGACGUUGAGACAACAGGAUCAGUUACUCAGUCGUGCGAGGAAGAGUUCUUGCAAUCGUUUGAGAUUGUUGAUGCUGACGUUGAAGUUCCAGCGCCUACCAUCGGCUCAUCACCUAUGCCAAUCAAGGAUGGCAAAUGGGCGGGGGAUGGCGAGAGCGGGGAUGAAGGGCAGGAGGAUGAUGAAGAGGAGGAUGAGGAUGAGAAGACCCCAAUGAAGAACUCACUCAAAAAGAGGAGCCCGAAGUCCAAGCUCACCAGGAAGCCCAGCAAAUCCAAGGAUGACAGGCCAAGCAAAGCUGCCAGAACUAAAAAGACAGCGGAGGAUGAGGCAGAGGAGGCGGAGGUUCAAGAAUGCCUGGAGGACUUGGAAAACCUGAAGGAAUACCUUGCCCAAAUCCUCAAGCUCAAGGGAAAGCUUGAUGGCACGUUGCUGAAGAUCGCUGAGCUGAAGAAACCUUCGGACAAAGAGUCUGGCCAGAAGCUUCGGGGUCAUGCAGACAGACUCAUGGCCCUUCACGAUGAGUUUGCUGAGAUAAAGGCUCAGUAUGCUUCGGAUGAAGCCCUGCCAGCUGAGACGGUGCUCAGACCAACUACAAGCAAGGAGACGCCAGCCCCAGCAGCGGGAAAAGGCAAACGUGGACAAACCAUGGCGGAUGACAAUGAGAUAUCUGAGGAGGAGGAUGAGCGCAAGUCUUUUGGUGCCCGUGGGCAGCAAGCAGAUGGCGUCGGUGCCGCAUCGGAGGCAUUGGCGAAAGCUCGUGCAGAAGGGGCCAGCAAGGUUUUUGCCAGGGAAGGCUUAAGCUGCCCGAUGCAUGUGGCUAUGUUGGACAUGGGUAAUGGUCUUCAUCAUCCAAUGCUGCGUGUGACUGACUUUCUGAAAACCCUGAGUCUUCACAACAAGUUAUGUGUUCUUUGGGGCGGUCCCAAGCAAUCUGCGAGUAGCAUUCUGCCGGAGUAUUGGAAGCGAUACAAACAGCAGCAUGAGUCCCAUCCGGUGUUCAUGGACCACCAUGACCAUUUGGAUAGAGUACUUCCAAUUCAAGUCCAUGCGGACGAAGGCGAAACCCUCAAGAAGACAGGUAUCAUGGUGGUCAAUUUUCAAUCCCCGCUAGGGGCAGGUACGAGCCACUGCCCAUGGUCAGAUGAGUUCAUGGGAAUCAAUUUUUUGGGUUCCUCAGUGGCCACCCGGUUUUUGGUCACUGUCUGCCUGAAAAAAAUGUAUUCGAAACGGAAGAAGAAAAACAGAAAUGGUGGCGCCUACCUUGACAAAAUCUUCGAGUCACUUGCUGAGGAGCUACGUGCUUUGUACUAUGAGGGUGUGGAGCUGUUUGUGGGCAACAAAUCUGAGAGAUUCUACAUCGCGUUUGUUGGAUUGAAAGGAGAUUGGCCAAUCCAUAUUCGAAUCGGCAAGCUCACCCGACACUUUUCCAAAAAAGGUGUGCUCAGAACCAGCCACAACAGCGGCAUUUGUCAUCUUUGCAGAGCUGGGGAGACUCACUACCCUCCUAAUGACUACAGUGUGGAUGCUGCAUGGCGCAGCACGUAUUUGACAAAGCGACCAUGGAAUGAAGAGGGCCCUUUCUUCUGUAUACCGCAGCCAUCCCCUGCAAGGGAGCUGAUGCACAAGUUUGAUUUGUUCCAUUUGCUGCUCAAGGGGUGCUUUGCAGAACUGGCUGGAAGUUCGUUGGUGGUUCUUAUCGACUACAACCUGACCGGGGUGGAUGGCAACUUCGAGAUCCAGUUGGAUGCUGUGUAUGAGCUGCUCCAAAACUUUUGCAAAGCAACGGGCACCAAACUUCACAUGGACAAUCUGACCAGAAAUCUGUUGAACUUUAAAGCCGAUUGGGAGUACCCAACAGGGUCUUGGUUCAAGGGCGCGGACACCACGGCGGUGUGUCUGUUCUUGGAAGAUUUCUUAACGAAGUAUCUGGAGAGCCUGCGGUGCCCAAAUGAGUUUUUGGAAACUGUAUGCAAGGCAUGCCACAAUGCGAAUACGUUCCUCCGGGUUUUGUAUCAUAGUGGGCUGUGGAUGAGCAAAGCUGAAACCAUGAAGGUGGCGCAAGCUGGUCUAAACUACUUGCGUUUGUACCUGGAGCUGGCUCAACUUUCUUUCAACAACAAUAAGGCCCGAUACAAGCUAACCCCGAAAUUGCAUUGCUAUAUUCAUGUAAUUGAUCGUUUGAUCGAAGCUGUACAGUCUAAUGAUGAGUAUACGCUCAACCCGUUGAGUGAAUGUACUCAACUAGACGAGGAUUUCGUGGGGAAGAUAGCCAAGCUUUCCUGUGCAGUCAGCCAUAAAUGCUGCCAUGCACAAACGAUCUCGAGAUAUUUGAUCAAGGCAUGGGAGGCGCUGGGGUGUGUUAGAAAAACCUAA